AUGGGUGAUCAUCUAAAGGAUUUACCUGAAUUCUUCGAGGUCGAUGUAGGUGAAAGUUUAAUAUCAAGAACUGAAACCUUAAGUUCAUUUCGUGAACUAGGUCCACCAGAUCUAUGUCAUGUAGUGAAAACCACUUCGAAAGUAGGAGCAAAACCAUCACCUACAAAUACAGUUGAAAAAGAUCUUGGAAGUUAUCAUUAUGUUAGUGGUGCUGAUGCAAGUAGUAGUGCAAGUUUAGCUGCUUAUCUUAAUUCAUUGACUUAUUCAAUAGAAGAGAGUGGAAGUUGGUUAGGAGGAUGGGCAGGUGGUAGUAAUAAAGGUGGAUGGCGAAUCAGAAGUGGUUGUUAUUGUUGCUUUAACGCCUUUUCCAGAGUAGAUGUACGAGUAGAGGUUAAGAUUCCAGGUGGUGUUGAAGCUUAUUUGAUCGAUUUGAGAGGUGAACGACACGAACCUACACCUGCGAUUUGGACUGAAACCUAUGUAUCAGCUAUCCUACGCGCCAUUCUUUAUGCGGAUGAUCCUAAUUAUCGACUUGCUGGGUUUCGUAAAAUUGAUCCGAUCAUCACACCUGAAAGCGAGCAACGAUUCUUGAGAGCUGCUGAAGAAAUCUUUUUCAAAGGUUGGCAACUUGGAAGUGACCCAGAAGUUCAAGUUGCCACUGUUAUUUCGAAUCACCUCACAACAGGUAUCAUGAAGUACUUUGGUGACGGUUUUAGGUGUGUCUUCUCAGUCAACCUUCUCGAAAAGCUAGCAGUCAAAGAAGCUGAGGUCGCGGCUCUUUUAGCACAAGCAUAUAUCGGAAUGAAUGAAGAAGUCAAAGCUGUUCAAGUACUUAAUCACGCCUUAGAAGAAAUGCCACAAUCUUACGCAUUACUUCAUGUUCAAUGUGAUUUCUUAAGAUCAAAGGGUGGUGAAUAUACUCAGUGGGCCCUUAAACUUGCCAGGCAAGCGGUCAAUUGUGCACCCAGUGAAUUCGUCACUUGGGCUAAACUUACAGAAGUUUAUAUAGAACUUGGUCGAUAUUCAGAUGCUUUACUGACCCUCAACUCGUGUCCAAUGUUUACAUACAACGAACGCGAUUUACAUCGAAUGCCUACACCUGCCCGAAGUCAUUUACCUAUCAAGGCAUUUAUUGCUGAAUCUCAAAUCUUGGAUGAAGAUUCAGCACGAGAUAAUGAGGCUGAUAUUGCCUUACUGCGAUUGCCGGCACCUUCUUUACGUGGUACAUUUCAGAAAGCUUAUGCUCUUUUGACCAAACUCGUGAUUCUUGUGGGUUGGGAUGAGCUCUUGAAAUGUCGGAGUCAGGUAUUUGUGAUGGAAGAAGAGUAUAGACAACAAAGAUCGAUGAGCGAAUCGACUAGUGGUCAAGGAUCUUCAUCUAAACAGCGCUCUCCAGUUUCUUCGAAACGAAACAGUCCAACUGAAGAACCAACUCACUCGAACCCUCCUACCAGUCCGAUACCUACGAUCACUGUUUCAAUGUCAGAAGAGCAAGCGGAAAAACCUUCAGAGGAGUCAACCGUUCCAUCUGAGAAUGGUCAAGAUCAUUCACCUCUAGAUACACCUCCUCAAAGCCCAAUGGCACGUGAAGCACCAGGUAAAGAACCAUUGGGAUUAGGUAUUGAUACUGGAGAACAAUCGGUACCUGUAGCCAAGCCUGCGCCUGCGAAGAAUGCGUUUAUGAAUAAGAGACUGUGUGAGAGAUGGUUAGAUAAUUUGUUUAUGGUACUCUACGAGGAUUUAAGAGUCUAUACGAUUUGGAGGGCAGAAGUAGCACAUUUCAAAGCUCAACAUAUGCCGUAUCGAAAGACCGGUACAGAAUGGGAAAUCCUAGGAGAUCUAGCUUUAAGGUUACAUCAUAAAGAAGAAUCUAAAGAUGCUUAUCAACGUUGUUUAGAUGCUAAAUUCUCGGCAAAGGCUUGGUUAAAGUUAUUAGAGUUUUAUACUGAUGAAGGUGAUGUACAACGUAGUUUGAAUGCUGCGAUUAGAUUGAGUACUUAUCAACAUCGUUGGUAUAUGGAAAUGGCAUUUCCUACAGCUGUUGGACAUCAAUUGUUUAAAUUAAUUAAACAGGAAGGAGUGGCUAAGAUUUCGUACUCGUUGGUUUCAAUGAAUUUACCACAAGUGAUUUUAAAGACUUGUAUGCAGGGAUAUUUUAAUUAUGCUCAAGUUUUUAGAGUUGAAGGAAGUGAAUUUUAA